GAUGCAAGCUAAAUAGUUAUUACUGUUUACAAACGCGGCUGUAUUCCACUUAGCCUUACAAUGACCUAGAAGAUGUCUCAGUGGCAGGACCCACAAAGGCCAAGUGAUCAUGCCUAUCUGCAGGGAUAUGAGAGGGACCCCCAGGGAUAUGGCAGAGAUCCCCAGGGAUAUGAGGGAUAUCCCCAGGGACAGGAUAUACAUAGGCCUGGCAGCUAUGCAAGUUAUGAAGGAUCUGGCAUGAACAUGCCCUACCAGGAUCAGGAUUCAAGAUACCAGGGUAAUUAUAGAGAAGACUACGGAGGCAGUUAUGAUCAACAAAAGGCUGGAAGUUAUGUUGAUUAUGCAGGAAAUUAUAGAAUGGAUAAUUUCAAAGAACAAGACACAAGGAGUUACCAAAACACCGAUAUGUACAGAAGUCAGGAUCCACAACGGCUAAGUUAUGCCAGCUAUCAGGGUUCUGGCAUGGAUGAUUCUAGGGGACAAGACCCACAGAGGGCAAGUUAUGCCAGCUAUCAAGGUUCUGGGAUGGGUGAUUCUAGAGCACAAGAUCCACAAAGGCUAAGUUAUGCCAGCUAUCAGGGUUCUGGCAUGGGUGAUUUUAGGUCACAAGAUCCUCAGAGGCUUAGCUAUGCCAGCUAUCAGGGUUCUGGCAUGGGUGAUUCUAGAGCUCAAGAUCCUCAGAGACUUAGCUAUGCCAGCUAUCAGGGUUCUGGCAUUGGUGAUUCUAGAGCACAGGCUCCUCAGAGACUUAGCUAUGCCAGCUAUCAGGGUUCUGGCAGGGGUGAUUCUAGAGCUCAGGAUUCCCAAAGGCUUAGUUAUGCCAGUUAUCAGGGACCUGCCAUGGAUGAUUCUAGAGCACGUGAUCCACAGAGAAGUAGCUAUGCCAGUUAUCAGGGACCUGGCAUGGAUGAUUCUAGAGCACGUGAUCCACAGAGAAGUAGCUAUGCCAGUUAUCAGGGUUCUAACAUGGGUGAACCAAGUGCUAUGCAGGAACCACAAAGAACAUCAUCCAAUUAUUAUGAUCCACAAAGACCUGGUAGUUAUGCCAGUUAUCAAGGUUCAGAUGUGGAUAUGCCUAGGUAUUCUGGGGGUCCACAUGAGGGGACACAGGUCAAUCUAGGGUAUUACCAGGAAAGGGAACCUGCAACACAAUAUUAUGGACAUGGGGAAUCAGGGGACCCAUUUCCAGGAUAUUAUGAAGAUUCAGAAGGUCAACCUCAGUACCCAGAUGAUCAGCCUUCAUAUCUUGCAGAAAGUGUCCCAGGAUCUUUAGCUAGAGGGGACAGCAUGUCACACUACACAGGGUACUUGAAUGCACGGGACCAAGAGUCAUAUCAGCAACAGGGCCAUGCCCCACCUGAACCACAAAUGCAUCCAGACCCAAGAAGGGUGUCUGGGACUUAUGACCCAGACAUACCCUCUACAGACCCACAGGAACCAGACUAUGAAAGGGGACCUGACCCAUAUACUACCUUGCCAGAUCCUAGAAGGCAACAGCCUGAUUCAAAUAAAUGGAAUACUCGUAUGGAUUUGUCGGUGGAUUCUCGCCAAUCACCUGCAAAUGUCCCACAACCUUUGGAUGCAGGGCAGAUGAAUCCCCCAACCCAGGAUGCUCCAAGAACUGCCCCGGACUCCAGGUGGAGUACCCGCAUGGAUUUAUCCAGGGAGGCACAGGGUACCAAGACGCCAGAGCCUACAGAUUCAAGAUGGCGCUCCUCCUACACGGACUCUCCAAAAGAUUGGGAAUCCAGAAGGGGGAUUCCAGCAGAAGGGCAUGGCCCAGAACCACUCACGUAUCCAGAUCCAAACAGAGUACCUGCCUCUCAAGGGACUGAGCCAGUCAGCUAUCAGGAUCCUAGGAGAACAUCUCAGUCAAGCCGCAGUGUUCAGCUUGAUGAUAGCCGGGUGACAGCCCCUACAGAUGCAGACUCCACCACCAACAUUCCGCGUAUUGAAGACCCCAGUGAUUAUUAUCCACAGAAGAAAAGAAUAGAUACUACAACCUGGGAGAGUUAUCAUCAGGACAUGCCUGCCAGUCCUGGGGACACCAAGUUUAGACCUCAUGAUCUCCACAGGCAACAGUCUACUGGCAGUUACCCUGGAGAUACUAAACCACCUGCUGAUGAUUCAUUUUCUUCCAGAGAGGGGGGUUCUAGUGGGAGGUCAAUACCCCAAGAAGCCUCGCCCCAGCCUAUUCCUCCCAAGGGAUUUAGGAAUACCCUAAAUGAUUCCCAAAGGUCUACAGGUUCUCUGAAGCCCUUGCAGCAACCUGAUGCUCGGAGCAGCACGUUAGAUGAUAGUAGGUCUAGAACACCCAGAAAGGAUGAAUUGCAGCGGAGAUCUUAUGCUUUGGAUACCACCCCCAGCAAGCUUCAGCAGUCCCCUGCCUCCAGGAGAUCCACUCCCCAAGACAGGCUUAAGAGGAGUGUUUCUAAUGGCUUGGAAAAUGAAACGCGAGUCAUGGAGGCAGCGCAGAUAGUGGAUAUUCUAAGGAAGAAAAUUGCCAUUUUGUCUGGUGGGCGGGACAAGCGAGGUGGUCCCAUCCUGACCUUCCUGUCCCAUGGUCCCGGCAUCUCCUAUAGUCCUCAGGAUAUCAUGGCAUGUGUAGGCUAUCUGGGCAGAAUACCUAGUGAGGACUGCUCCAGGUAUGGGUUCACAGUGAUAGUGGACAACAGGGAGGGCACCUGGACAGAUGUCAAGCAGCUCAUUAAGCUCAUACAGCAAUCCCUCCCCAGUCACGUCCAUUUAGUCCUGGUUGUGAAGUCAGAAGACAAAAGACAGUUCAAUCUCAGCUUUAGAAAAGACAAAAGUGCAAAAAAGGUUGAGCUGCUGUUUGUUACCCCUACCAAGUUGCUCAACUUCAUCACUCGAACUCAGCUUACUCAAGACUUUGGGGGAGAUUUGCAAUAUGACCACAAUUCUUGGCUGGAAACACGACUGGCAGUGGAAAGGUUCCUGAGAGAAGGGCGCACUGUGUCUAAAGACUUGGAUGUAGCAGAAUCUCAAAUAGUGGUGGCGCUGCAACAGCAAGAGGAGCCGUCCAGUCCCAGAGACAUGCUUCACCAGCACAGACAUCUCUAUGAUAGUGUCAUUAAAACUCCUGAGAAGGUUAUUAAACAAGGCCAUGAAUUACUCCAGAAAAUAGCUGGAGAUGCAGAGUCAGGUUUCCGUGGCAUGGAUGACAUCACAGCGACUCCAGACAUGAUGACCGCCCAGGGUCAAGUGAGGCGAAUGUUGGUUACCCUAGAGGACAAGGUGGACAGAAUACAGGACUACUGGGAGAGCAGAGAGAGAGAACUUAGUAAUAAUGUCCAGUUUGCUGAACUGGAAAAAGGAUUUAAAAAGGUUGUGGACUGGGUGACAGGCCCUGCAGAAAAACUCCUGGCUUCCAAAAAAGACAUAGGUGACUCCUAUAAGGCAGCAGAUGAACUGAGGAAAGAACAAGAAAACCUAGAGCUGAAGUGCACAGAUAACUAUGCUGAAUAUGCAGAACUACGCCACGAUGCUGACACUUUGAUUAAAGAUGGCCACCCAGCAGCAGACGACAUCAGGGCACAGACAGAAUACAUGGACUCUGUUUGUAGGAGCUAUGCCAGCAGACUAGAGAGGAGAAGAAAUCUGGUCAUCACAUCUGUCAGAUUCCAUAGGCUGGCAGAGGAGUUGUCACAGAAGCUUGAUGAGUUGUUGGAGUUACUGUGUACAGAUAUAGGAGCUGAGGAUGUUGAGAGUGCUGAACAUGAACUGAGAACACUACAAGAGAAAUGUGACACUAUCAAUAUCAUAGCCCAGCAGACCCUGAACGAGGGGCAGAAUCUGCUGGACCAGAUGGCCGUGCCUAUAAAGAAUGCAUUUGGCAAGGACAUCACUCCAGACUUCUCCAAGCACAUAGAACAUGUGGAGAAGGUGAUUGGGGAGCUCCAGGAGAGGAAGUUGAGGUGUGAUGAGCUGUCUGAUGUCAGAAGGCUGAAGCUACAGCAGAUACUGCAACUUAGGACUUGUGAGAGAGAUGCUGAUCAGGCAAUAGCAUGGAUCUUAGAGCUGUGUGAUGUCAUGGUGACCACACAUACAGACAUGGGUAAAAACCCAACGGAAUCAGAAAGACUGCAAGACGAACACAAGAAGUUUGAAACAACCGCCCAUGGGACAUAUGAAUAUGGAAAACAACUCUUACAGGCAGGACUGGUACUUAGGCGAUCGCUGAGGUUCGAUCUUGUACCAAAUAAUGAGCGUGCUCAGAAAUUGCAUGAAGCAUGGAAAAAAUUCUCUCAGGGGAUCAAUGAAAGGGCAUCUCGCCUCUCCAGUGCAAUUUUAUUCCAUAAGAAUGCUGACAGGGUUUUAGGGGACCUAGAAGACCUCUUGCUUGCUGUCAGUCAUGCAAUGAAUGAUGAGAUUCCACAAGACCACAUUCUUGCCAGUUACGAUGCAACUCGCGACCAGAUUGCAAGAGAUUAUGACCAGGCAGUGGACAUUGGGCAGUCCCUGCUUGACCAGAUGACAAGGCCAGUCAUCAUGCAGGAAGAUGGUGAGAAGAGAAUAGAAGUAGAUGACCAAGAAGCAUCGGGGGUCAUUAGGUCCAAACUGUCACGAUUGAACACCAAGAUGAGGCAGGUGAACACGUACUGGGGGGACCAUGAAAGAUCCCUGCCUCAGUCUGAGGAGUGGGAGAAGAUAGAGGAAGACUUGAAGGAGAGCAAUGAGUGGCUGCGAGUGCGUGUCAACCAAAUGGAACCAGACCUCAUGGAGGUCGGCGCCACUCUUGAAGAAGCUAUUAAACUACGACAAGAACAUGAAGAACUUCUACAUAAACUACAU